GCGCACAUCUUGACGGAGUCCGCAGGAAGAUCGAUUUUCUUUGGGUUUAAAGAAAAAAAAAAAUGUCCCCGUGUCUGUAGAGAUGAUUUGCAGUUCAGCCCGGCUGAAGCUGACCGAAUGAGACUAUGGGCUGUGCCUCCGCCAAGCAUGUUGCCACUGUUCAAAAUGAAGAGGAAGCCCAGAAAGGGAAAAACUACCAGAACGGAGAUGUGUUUGGCGAUGAGUAUAGGAUCAAACCGGUGGAAGAGGUCAAAUACAUGAAAAAUGGGGCAGAAGAGGAGCAGAAAAUAGCAGCCAGGAACCAAGAAAACUUGGAAAAAAGUGCCAGUUCAAAUGUAAGACUUAAAACUAAUAAAGAGAUUCCGGGAUUAGUUCAUCAACCCAGAGCAAACAUGCACAUCUCUGAAAGCCAACAAGAAUUCUUCAGAAUGCUGGAUGAAAAAAUUGAAAAGGGUCGAGAUUACUGUUCGGAAGAAGAAGAUAUCACAUAGCACCAAUUCUACCACUCAAACCCGGAGCUACUACUGUGUAAAUAGGUUACACCCCAGUUGAAAUCUUUGCAAAGGUCGGUUCUCUUCAACGAACAGCUCUAUAGCAAAAGAAGAUCGUUCCAUAUCGUAUGCCCCAUUAAAUUACAGUGUUUCUUAAUGAACUUGCAAAGGAAUAUUGCUAAAAACAAACAAAAAACUGUUAUUGAACUUUCUUUGUUGCUGCUAGUUAAAACUUGUUGCAACUUUUCACUUCUCUUGUGUCCAGGUAUGCAGCAAAAUUCUGCAAUUUCACCUUAAAGAUCCUGUUGGUUUUACAGAUGUUCUCCAACCUAUUUUCUAUAAGAUGAGGUAGUGGCGAACUCAGAUAUCAAACUUCUAUUCUAGAUGGUUCUGCUUCUAAGACAAGCAUCUCCUUCCCUCUCUCCCUCCCUGUCCCUCCUGAGCUGUCCAGAGCCUGGCUUCUCACUGGCAAUGUUGUGCUUUGGAGAUGGGAUGGUUGCUAUGGCAAGCUUUGUUUCUCUGCUAAGAAGAAGUAGAGAAGCUAUUAUUGGUUAAAAGCAUGUUGUGACAUGACGUCUGGAAGUGGCGUAGGAGCGAGCAGCAGGUUCUUUCAUUUACUAGGUAUCUUAAUCAAGGAUUAAGCUUGCAACAUUGGCUUUGCUCAGAUGCAGACGGAAGUGUGAUCACAAUCAUUUUGAAUCCCUCUUCCCCCCUUUUUUUUCUAAGAAAAUAAACAUUUUACUGUUUUUAUGUA